AUGUCAAAGAGUGAAUCUAUUGUGAAUUCUAUAAAUGAUGAUAGUAACAAUGAUGAUGGAUUACCAAGUUACGACGAUGUACUAAGAGAAGAGCAAGCACGAAUACAAGCACAAACGCAGACACAAGGAAGGAUAUCAUCAUAUGGUAGUAAUAAUAGUGGUUCUAGUAAUGGCUAUUUGAAUGUACCACCGCCACCAAAAAGACCGCCUCAAAAACCACCACGUCCAAACUCAUCAUCUCACGCGUCAUCCACCUCUUCUUUAACGUCAAAUUUAAGACCACCAGUUCCUCGACCAUCAGUAGCAUCAUCCUCAUCAACAUUAUCACAAAGUAUUGCAAAACCCUCCAGUAAUAAUGCAAGACCGAGGAUACCAUGGGUCUAUCCAAGCAACUUCCAUUGCCCUAAAUGUAAUAAUACAGGUUAUAAACUGAAGAACGGCAAAUCGUGCAGAUCAUGUUGGAGAAGAUUCUGUCCGAAAAACCCAAUCAAUUAUAAUAUGGGACCAACAAGUUCAUCAUUUUACGUCUCUCCAUCUAUGGGACUAUCGUCACCGUAUCCCCCACCAAUGAACAGUUAUGGAUAUGGAUAUGGGUAUCCCCCAGCGCCUGCAAUGCCAAUACCACCCCCACCACCACCACAACAACACCCAUUGGUGGUUAGACCCGGAGAUCCACGUCUUGGGGGUGUUCUUUGUGGUGAAUGUCGUGGUACUGGGCGCAUUAGUUUUCUUCUAGAUGAUGAUCUUUGUCCCUUAUGUAAUGGAUUAGGAAGAAUUGUUUCACAACGAUAG